AUGACCUCACACCUACCGCCUCCAGAGGACCUCCCUCCGCCGCCCUACUCCGAGACUGACAUCUACUCGAAUUCCGGCGGGCCGAGGUCACCAGCCAUCUCAGUCCCAACCCACAGACACAACUCGCAUGGCGGCGACGAUGGUACCUCGCACUCGACGCCGUCGACCAACGGUGAUAUCAUCUACACGCCGCCCCUGACCCCCCGUUCGUCCCACCAGUCCAACUUUGCCAGCGACGUAGACCACCUCACAGUCGCGUCUGCCACGGCCUACUUUGACACGCGCCCUGCUCCCCCGCUCCACAGCCUGCCGCAGAUCGUGCACUCGCUCGUCGUCGGGGACGACGCUUCGCCCGACACCCUGCCCUAUCCGCUCCAGUUUGCGGCCCACGACGUGCACGUCCAGGACUGGCAGACCUUUGUCAACUACCUCAUCCCCCACUACUCGGCCGCGAGCAACGAGCAGCUCAUAGACCGGAAGCUGCGCGCCGAGGGCAUCAUCGGCGACUCGGAUGCCCUGCCGCCGUCCCAGAGACACGCCGCCGUCGCCCAGCACCUCGACCGCAUCCGCUCGCCCGCCGACGCGGCGCAGCGCCUCCAGAACGUCGAGGCCACGGCCCGCGAAUGGAACGACGGCUUCUUCGGCCCCCGCCGCAUCACCAUCCGCGUCAACACCUCGGCGGCGGUUGCGGCGGCUGCCGCUGUCUAUGACGGCAGCAGCGAGCAGCUACGCAUGCCAGGCGCCUGGGACCAGUCGUUCGACCAACCCGCGGCGGCCGCGGCAGCAGCAGGUAACGGCGGCAGUGGAUUCGUCCCGUCGUCGCGCUCCCGGCUGGGACGCUUCAACCCGUUUGGCAGCGAAGGGCGCGCGGGCGGUCGCGGCGGCAGCGGCGGGUUUCGCCUCGCGGGCAUCGCCAUCGACGGAGACCGCGUCUCCAUCGGGAAUGGCUUCGUCGCCGACCGGGGCGGCGUACGCAUAGGCGGGAUUCACGCCGGCGCGAACGGCAUCUCCAUCAACGGCACGCCCCUAUUCGGCGGGCCCCAGCCGCUGCCGCACCAGCAACACCAGCAGCAGCAGCAGCAGUUCGGCAUGCGCGACGGCCCACCUGGCUUCUUUGGCGCCUCUCGCGGUGCCGGCCCCGGCCCCGGCUUCGGGUGGGGAAGAGGCCACGGACCCGUUCGGAUCGGGCCGGGCUUUGCUGGUCCCCGCGGCGGUUUGCCCUUUGGAGGAGGACCCGGGGGCGGGCGUGGAGGCCGCGGCGGGGCCAGAUUCGGCGGUGAUAACGAGCCGCGAGACCUGCAGGAAGAUCGCGGCGAUGCAUGUGGCGGCCGUGGGCGCCGCCGGUCGCACGGCCACCGCCACGAGCGUGGCGAGCGUGGCGAGCGUGGGCCAGGUCGCGAUCGCGAGAAACACCGGUCACGAUCGAGCUCCACGUCGAGCAGGUCGUCUGUGUCGUCGGCCAGCUCCGCGUCCACGGUGGGCUCGCUGCCCGACUACGACGACCUGCGAGACACGCAGCUGCCCAUCACCAAGCAGUUCCUUCAGAAGUGGUUGGACCAUCCAGACCAGCCCAUCACCAAGGAGACGGUGCGGCAGGUCAAGGAGCAGAUCAGGGAGUCCAAGAAGGCCGGCGCCAACCAGGCAAACGGCAUCAACGAGCCCGCCAACAUUGCCUUUGACAAGGCGGCGCUGCGCAAAGAGGUCCGGGCCAUGCUGCAGGAGUGGAAGUCGCUGAAACGGCAGCAGAAGAAGCAGCGGCGCCAGCUCAAGAAGGAGCAGCGGAGCGCGCGCCGCGCAGAGAAGCGGGAGAGGAGAAAAGUCAAGCGCGAGGUGAAGCGCGCCGUGAGGGACUUGAGGCGAGGCGAGCGUUUCCCGCACAUUCCCCCCGUCCCGUCCGUGCCCGGCGUCCCGGGCGUCCCUCCAGUGCCAGGCUACGGGGCGCCCACGUACAACCAGCAGCAGACAGGCACCACAUCGUACUUUCCCCCGGGGGCAUGGGGGGCGAACGCGACGACGAUGGGGAGCCCCUGGGACAGCAGCGCUGCAAACCACCGCCCUGCCGGCUCCUGGCCCACCGAUGACAACGAUAUCAACGUCAACAGCUACGGCGCGUCGCAGGCGAAAUACCAGGCAGCGCGCGAGCUCGAGGCGCAGGUCGCGCGCAAGGAGGCCGAGCUGCUCGCGCUACACGAGAUACUGGCACUAGAACAAGAACAAGAAGCGGCGCAGUGGGCGAAGAAGAGUAACAGCAGCAGCAGCAGCAGCAGCAGCAAUAACAGCAACAGCAACGCGGCGAGCCGCUCGCCGACAGAGCUCGCGGCCCUGCAGAUGGAGCGAGACAUUGAUGCGCUGGCGGCGGAUCUCGACCGGCUGCGCACCGAGGCUGACGAGGCGUUUGCGCGGGAGCUGGAGGCGGAGGACCGGAGGAACUAUUAA